AAUGUGAACAUGGAAAUGAUGUCACAAUCAAGGAAGGCGGGAAAUCGACAAACAAAACUACAUACCGCUGUAAGGUUGGGCUCUGUAAUGCAUGCCUCACGUAGGUGUUGUCAUCAAUAUUAAAACGAGAAGUAUAGAGGGUAUACUCUUCUGAUUUUUAAUCCAAUGAUCAGCCAAGGGAAUGUCAUUUUACCAGUGGUAAAGGAUUCAGAAAGCAGUCUUUAGCUGAGGUUUUAAGACCAACGAGCUCCCACCGAGUGCACUUCAUUCCGUAAAGUUGGACUGCUAACUUUGAGAUGUUGACGUUGGCUUUAAUCCCCGUGCAAUGAUGACUCUAUUGGACGGUCAACUUGGGUUUCGACGCGAAUCUUCUUUAGACAGCAACGAUCCCGCUGAACUAGAAGCACUUACAAGCACCGAUAUGACGUCGAGCAGUAGUCAACAGGAAACGAUCACCAAAGACGACUACGAUGGCGAUGUCGAAGAUGACACGGAUACCGACUCGAAUAUCCAACCGACGAUUGCAAGUCGAAUCUCUCUCGCGCGAACGUACGCACUUUGUAUCGCAUUGGGAUUCCUGGGAGCGCAUUACUACUAUCUGGGCAUGCGCACAAAAGGUCUUCUCUACACUGCUACUCUGGGCUUCUUCGGGAUUGGUUGGUUGAUAGACUGGUUCCGGUUACCAUCUAUCGUUGAGUCCGUUCGUAGGAUACGACGAGAGGAGGCUGAGAAUGGAUACGUACUCUAUGCCGUGCCCUUUGGUGAAUUGGAGGAAAGAUCUCUGGUGAAUGCAUAUCUCUAUGCUAUCCCACCUUGGGGACUCUUUGGAAUGCACCACAUGUAUCUCGGAACUUUUCGGAAAAACGACGCUUUUAGCCUGCUAUACACCGCUACACUCGGCUUUAUUGGGUUCGGAUGGCUCUUCGACCUUUUCCGUAUCCCGAUACUUGUCCGAAGGGCGAACGAAGACAUCCGAGACCUCCGUUCGGGAAAACCCGUCUCCUCGAGUCCUGCGUGCACACUCCACCUUGACACUGCUUAUUCUUUAGUCUUUCCUCUGGGCUUUUUUGGACUUCACCACUUCUACAUGAGACGUUAUUUCUAUGGAUUUGUUUAUCUUUUCACCUUUGGAAUGGCUGGUGUCGGAGUCUUGGUUGAUAUUUUACGAUUGCCGGUUAUCUUCAAGCGAACAAAAACAGAGCUGAAAGACUUGAGAUUUUCUCUAUAUCACUUGGACGAUACAUAUUUCCUGUGGUUUACUCCUUUAGGGCCGUUUGGGCUUCAUCACUUCUAUUUACGUAACUGGAAGAUGGGCGUGGCCUAUUUAUUCACAUGUGGAUUCCUUGGCGUUGGUUGGCUAAUUGACGCGUUCAGGAUGCGCUCAUUGGUUGAAGAAAGCAAUAUUAAAUUAGACACAGAUCUACUCUGGGAUCACCAUUUUGUUAAAGAAACACAGAGUAAAGGAAAUAUGAACAUCUUUAUUGAUAGUAAACUAUUCAAUUAUCCAAUCACCGAUGAGGAUUCGAACAUUCAGGUUUAUGCCUUCCCUUUGCGGCCAAGCGGGAAGCCAUCCUGGUUGCUAGGGUGGGCGUGGUCACCUACAUCAUCAGACCCACCGUUGGCCAAUCAGAAUGGGUUUACGACAUCGGAAGAGGAGCCGAGCCAAACUGAAACAAGAAAUAAAACCCCAUUGGUGGGGGAAACUUUAGAAGGAGCUGUGGGUUGGACAAUAGAUACCCACGAAAAUUAUGAAGUUACUAUUGCAUAAUAGUGAGAUGUCUAGUUAAAAUACAAUGGCCCGUAUUCUGAAGUCAGGUUUAACUUAGACCAUAGUCUAACUCUGCGCUAAAAUUAUGGGAAGCCAAAAGUGUAAAAAUUUGUACGUUUCUUAUGUCUACUGUGCUCUUUCUAGCUGAUUCAUCGAUGGUGAAGACAAUCAUCUAUUUAUACUUUCUAUAUAAUUAAGAAUAAUUUGAGAGCCAAAAUGAGCUGAAACAUGAUAUCUCUACUGUUAGUGAUUUAUGUAACAAUUGGCUAUCCAUACUAAAACCACAACUUUAAUCCUGAGUUUAAGUUUAACCCGACUUCAGAAUACGGGCCUAUAUCGUCUGUAAUAGCACGUUCAAAGUUUGACCACUGAAAUGUAGGGUAUUAGCCUCCAACCAUAAAUGCUCAUCACAUCCAAAUAAUUUCUGAAAUGCAACAUGGAGAAUUACGAUAGACGACCUAUUAAUGACUUUUGCGAAGUAGGUAUAACCGAGUAUAAACAAGAGUGGAUCGAAAUAGGCAUUUUAUUUUUUUCGGAAUGGGGUAAGAGAUGAAUGUUCUAUUUUAGCUCGGUCCUUAAAUUUUCUGAUAUUUUUAUUUUCGUUUAUGCUUAACGUACGCUAUCGAUCGAAGAAAAUUCCAUUCUUAUUCAAAAACUUGAUUUUUUUUAUUCGACUUCUGUAAAUGGUGAGUGUGGUAUAUAUCUUAUUAUUUAUUUGUAUAGCACUUCUAGGGAUACAAUGACUGUUCAUACGUCCAUGUUAAUUGCGGAAAGUAUCCUGGGCUCCCGCGGUAUAUCUUAUUUUCUUAGACAGACAUGGCACAUUAUAAACAUUCACUAUCAUUAAUCAUUAUCAUUAUUAAGAUAACAUUAAACUAUAUACUCCCCUGAUAUCUCAAGACAAACCUGACAUAGAAUGACAUAUAUGUUUUCUAAAACUUCUGAAAAUGUGAAAAAAAUGUUUGCUUGACAUAAUUUGAUCAUGAUGAAAAUAAUCCUUUUUAAUAAUAUAAAUAAGGAACAACAUCGUUUAUUACACAUAGUUUUACUUUUGAGAUUGGAGAUGAGACUAUACAGGACAAUGAAUAAGAUCAUUUUAUACACUCCGCUGAUACGUGUGCCAUACAUAUAUUACCUAACACAAUAUUUUAAGCAUUAUUAAGCUGAUGGAUAUAAAUAAAACCUAGUUUGCAACUUCCUG